AUGCAGCUUCACAUAUCUCCAAGUUUGAGGCAUGUUACUGUUCUUCCAGGCAAAGGGUUUAAGGAGUUUAUCAAAGUGAAGGUUGCAUCAAGGCGUCUUUCUUAUAGGAUGCUAUUCUAUUCACUCUUGUUCUUCACUUUUCUUCUUCGGUUUGUGUUUGUUUUGACUUCUGUUGAUGGCAUUGAUGGAGAAAACAAGUGCUCUACCAUAGGUUGUCUAGGAAAAAAACUAGGGCCAAGGAUUUUGGGAAGAAGGCCUGAAUCAAGUGUCCCAGAAGUUAUAUACCGAACGUUAAAUGAACCCCUUGGCAAAGAUGAACUACGGGGAAGGUCUGAUAUUCCACAGACUUUAGAAGAGUUCAUGACAGAUAUGAAGGGAGGUGGAUAUGAUGCCAAGACAUUUGCAGUUAAACUUAGAGAAAUGGUAACCCUUAUGGAACAAAGGACCAGGAUUGCCAAAAUCCAAGAAUAUCUAUAUCGUCAUGUAGCAUCAAGCAGCAUACCAAAACAACUUCACUGCCUUGCCUUGAGUCUGGCUAAUGAACACUCCAAUAAUGCAGCAGCACGCCUUCAGCUACCCUCUGCAGAACUAGUCCCUGCCCUGGUUGACAAUUCCUACUUCCACUUUGUCCUCGCCUCAGAUAAUGUGCUGGCUGCCUCUGUGGUUGCAAAAUCACUUGUCCACAACUGUUUGCGGCCUCAGAAAGUUGUUAUGCACAUAAUCACAGAUAAAAAGACUUAUUAUCCCAUGCAGGCUUGGUUCUCAUUGCAUCCUUUAUCCCCUGCUAUAAUUGAGGUCAAGGCAUUGCACCAUUUUGAUUGGUUUACAAAGGGAAAGGUGCCUGUUCUGGAAGCAAUGGAGAAAGAUCAAAAGGUACGGUCACAGUUUAGAGGGGGUUCAUCAGCUAUAGUUGCAAAUACCACUGAGAAGCCAUAUGUUAUUGCUGCAAAACUACAAGCACUUAGUCCCAAGUAUAAUUCGGUGAUGAACCACAUUCGGAUACAUCUCCCUGAGUUAUUUCCAAGUCUUAACAAGGUGGUCUUCCUCGAUGAUGACAUUGUGGUACAAACUGAUCUUUCACCUCUGUGGGACAUUGACAUGAAUGGAAAAGUCAAUGGAGCAGUAGAAACAUGUGCUGGAGAAGAUAAGUUUGUGAUGUCAAAGAGGUUGAAAAGCUAUUUGAACUUCUCCCACCCUUUAAUAUCCGAAAAUUUCAAACCCAAUGAAUGUGCUUGGGCUUAUGGCAUGAACAUUUUUGACUUGGAGGCUUGGAGGAAGACCAAUAUAAGCAAUACAUACCAUAAUUGGGUUGAGCAGAAUAUUAAAUCAGACCUGAGUUUGUGGCAGCUAGGGACAUUACCUCCUGGAUUGAUAGCAUUUCAUGGCCAUGUCCACACUAUUGAUCCUUUCUGGCAUAUGCUGGGAUUGGGAUAUCAGGAAAAUACAAGUUUAACUGAUGCUAAGAGUGCUGGUGUCAUACAUUUCAAUGGCAGGGCAAAGCCGUGGCUAGAAAUAGCUUUUCCACAACUAAGGCCAUUAUGGACAAAGUAUGUGGACUUCUCAGAUAAGUUCAUCAAGAGCUGUCACAUUAGGGCAUCAUAGCUUAUAUCUAGAGAAAACGUAUGAGUUGAAGAAAUGGUAUUUGUAUCCGAGGGAAAAAGAAAAUGAGAGAGUUCUUCCAAGCAUAACGCCCUUCCAUGACAACAAAG